AUGUCUGAAUUAGAUUCAAAAGAGGGAGUCAAGCUCCCUGGGCUUAUUGAGGAAACAAAGAUGAUGAUUGGCAAACAUCCUCACCCUCCUACGGGGCUUCAUGAGGGAAGCAAGAAAACAGAUUCUCUUUCAAUUAAUGCUGAUCUUUUACCACAGAAUGUUUCAAAUUGGAUGGAGUUCAGACCUGAAGGAAAGUGUCCAGAGAGAAGAGGCUUCCAUGCUUCAUUCAUUCACAACAACUGCCUUUAUAUUCAUGGAGGUCAUGACAUUAGAGAAGGCACUUUUAGUGGAUUCUGGAGACUUGAUCUUUCAAGUGACCAGUACAUCUGGGAGAAAAUCGAAAUCAAAGGCAUCAAGAAACCUGGGAAAAUUGCUUAUCAUACCCUAUCUCUGAUCGACAGUCACACUUGCAUUUUAGUCGGAGGCUCCAACUUGGGUGUGGACAACGAACAAGUGUUCUUUCUUGAUCUGGCUAAGAUGGAGUGGAGAGUCGACAGAGACCCCAAGCCUGACGAUCUCACAUCGAUUGACGAGCACACAGCUUGUGUCUACCAAGGAAACCUGUAUAUCUUUGGAGGCAAUCUGAAUGGGUUCAAGUCAAACAAAAUAUUUAUUUACAACCUAGACUCUAAGAAAUGGUCAAUCAAAGAGCACGAAGACGGGAUUCCGCCAAGAUCAAGCCACUCUGCUGUAGUCAAAGACGGGUUUAUGUACGUGUUCGGAGGCAAGGACAUUGAGAACAACAAGCUUAGAGACUUCUGGAAAUAUGACAUUGAGAAUGACAAGUGGUCAAGCAUUUUUAUUCCAGAGAACGAAGGCCCAUUGUCAAGGAGCGGCCAUUCGACUGGGGUUUACAAAGACUACAUCAUAAUUUAUGCGGGGAUUCACGAAUUAACUCAAGAGUUAUGUGAUAUGUAUUUGUACAAUACUAAAAACGGCAACUGGGCAAGUAUGUUUGAGGAUGUGUAUUCUCCAGUGCAUCAAAAUAGAUCAAUGAAUUCAUUUUCAAGUGUAAACAAGAAUAGUCCAAUGAAUAGUGAUGCCAACGCCUCAGCUCAAAAGACGCAUAAUCCUGAAAAAUCAGGGUUCUCGCUUAGCAUGAAGAAGACAAAAAUUCAAACACAGAAGAAGACUACCUCAAUGAAUUAUUCAACAAAUAUACCUAAGAAGAAGCUACAAAAAUUGAUCAAAAAGAAGAGAAAGGAAGAGAGCCAGUUAAAUGAUCAAACUCUUCUAAGUACACCUACAUCUUUAUCAAUGCAGAAUUCUUUUCUUAUAAACUCUAUCAAUAAAGCUUAUAUGGACAGACUAUUUAAGAAGAAUAGGAAGACUGCAUCGAAAAACAGAGGAUCUUUUAAGUCAAGAUUCGAUCCAUCAGUUGAUUUAUCACCAGCCAAGAGGCAAUACGGUAAGGUCCCUAGAUUCAACCCCAAACCGAGAGAUGGCCAUACCGGCAUCAUGCUCAAUGAGCGUGAGUACAUCGUCUUCGGUGGUGACAGACACCACAUGCCAUUUAAUGAUGUCUCAGCUAUCGAUUUGAGCUUGGAAAUAUAA